AUGCAAAGCAUCGAACAAUAUCUUUUACCAGACGUAUCUCUUAGUUCUAAAGAAUUAGCUAUUGUUACUCAAUUAAAUACAUUAAUUAGUGAUCCAUCAAGUCGAGAGAAUGGAUUAUCUUUUAUAUUAAAAAGAAUAUCACAACCAAUGUUCCGAGAAUUUUUAUUGAGGGUUCAUCCACAAUUAUAUACACAUCUUUUAAAAAGUUCAAAUGAUGAUUUUGGAACAUUACAAGUUUCUUUAUUUAUUGUACAUGCAUUAUCAAUAUAUCCUUAUUUCAUUAAUUUAUUAGUAAAGUAUGACAUAACUGUUUUUGAAGAUUUAAAAAGUUUAUUACAAUCAAGAGAUGAUCCAAGUAUUACUGCCCAUACAUUAGAAAUUGUAUUAAAUGCUUCUACAAGUAUUGAAGAUAAAACAUUAUUACAACCUCUUAUUGACCCUUUACUUUCUUUUUUUAGAGGAAAUGUACAACAUCGAAAUUUAGCAGGAAAGUGUUUAUGUAUAUUAUUAACUUGUUCAGCAAAUCAAAUCAGUUUCGUAAAACAAGAAGGUAUUUAUGCAAUUCUUAAUAUACUUUAUUCUCAUGUUUAUGAUGAACAAUUACUCGCUUCUGCAAUGCUUCUUCAAUUAAUUAAAACACCAAAUAAAGAAUUAGCUGUAAAACUUCGUAAAAUAGUUAUUUUAAAUAAUGUUUUACAACUUAUUAAACCUCUUAUAUCAACUGGUGGUCAAUUAACAAUUCGUGUAUGGCAAAUUAGUGCAUUAUUAACACUAGCAACAGGAUAUGAAAAAAGAUUUAUUCAAUCAGGUAUCUUUUUUGAUGCAGUAGAAUUAAUUGGAGAUCAAAAUGAUAAAAUAAAAGAAACAUUACCAUGUGCACUAACUGUUAUACUUGCUGUAACAAUUGACUCAAAUCUUCUUGAUGUAUGUCGUGGAUUUUCAUUAGCAGAUAGAUUAAGAAAUUGUAUUGAACAUUUAAAUCAAUAUGAUCCAUCAUUAAGAUUAGUAAUAUUAAAUAUUAUUAGAAAUCUUGCUGUUGAUGAAGGAUUAAGAGAAGAACUUCAAACAGUUAAAAUAGCAAAUUAUUUGAAGACAAGUUUAAAUGAUAAUAAUUCAUUAGAAAAAGCACGUAUAGAAAUAUUAACACUAUUAAAAGAAAAUAUAGAACCAACAUCAGGAAUUACUAUCGGAAGAGAUUCAGUUGAAGUAAAACGAUUUGCUGAUAUGAAUAUGAAAAAAACACAAGCAAAACAAAUUGUAGAAGAAAUUGUUACGACUGAACAAGAAUAUUGUGAACAUCUUAAAUGUAUGGUAGAAGAAAUAAAACCAAAUUUUCAAUCAGUUUUAACUGAAAAAGAAAUUUAUGACAUUUUCUCUAAUAUUGAAGAUAUUUCAAAUUAUCAACAAAAAUUUCUUAAAGUAUUAGAAGAAAGAUGGGAACAACAAAAAGAAAGAGAGUGGGUUGAAAUAGCCGAUUUAUUUGAAAGUUAUUUUUGUGAAGAAAUGAAAGAAAUUUAUAAAGAAUAUAUGACUCGUUGUAAUCAAGCAAAUGAUUAUUAUCAAAAAUUAAAAAAAGAAUCAAAAAAAGUAAGAAAAGUAGCAUUAGAUUUAGGUAUUAAAAGAAUUUAUAUACCAACAUUUUUAAUUUACCCAAUUCAAAGAUUACCAAGAUAUUUAUUAUUAUUAGAAACUUUAUCAAAAAAUGUACCAGAAAAUUAUGAAGAACAUAAUAAUUUAUUAUUAGUUAAAGAUAGAGCAAAUAAAAUAGUUAAUUGGCUUAAUGAAGAAAUUAGAAAAUAUGAAAAUGAAGUUUCUUUGAAACAAUGGACAAAUAAACUUGAAUUAUCACCUGUGGAUAAUAGAAUAUUUCUUGCUGAAUUUCAUCAAGUAAUGGUUAAAGCAAGUAAAAUGGUUAAUGUGUGUAGUAUUAUUCUUUUUAAUGACAUUGUUAUCUUCUUAAAAAGAAAGAAAAAUAAAGACAAAAUUUUAAAUCAAAUUAAUUUGAUUGAUUUAAAAGUUUUUGAAGUAGAAGAUGAAAAAACUACUUUUAUGUUAGUUUUUCCUUCUCCAACAAAUAAUAGUGAAGAUCAAAGAUAUAUGCUUUAUCUUUCUAAUGAUGAAGAAAUGAAAGUUAUCUUUUCUACACUUAAAAAAGCUGUUAACUUAGCAAAGACUCAAAAGAAAAAUAUGAUUUCACGAAGUGUAUCAUUGAUUUGA